UGGCACGUCAUAUGCUGCUGUCCACUUCUUCCCGUGAUGUCACUCGUGCGACUGCAACACAACAAUUUGUAAUUUGUUGCAUGAUGUUCCAUUGUGUCUUGCACUGUCACUUCAACAAUGUAAUUCGGGAGUUUGGCCAUGUUAUUUCUGGACAAGAGCAUUCAUUUGUGACCUUUCGGACAACUUGAGUACAAUGAUUGCACUAUGACUGAGGAUGUUCCCUACGAUAUUGGAUAUAGUGUCGUACUGCCACUGGCCCCCAGUAUAGCCAUUGUCAGUGUCUUUCUCUGUUGGUGCUGCACUUGUUGUUACUGUCACGUCAAGCGAGAGGCAAGAUUGAGAAGAGAAGCGAGGCUGGAAAGGGGAUACAAAAAGAUCACAUACAAGAAAAAGAAAUGUUCUUCAAAUGAGACCUGUGCUGUGUGUUUAGAAGAUUUCAAGCUGAUGGAGGAGAUUGGGCUCUGUCCAUGUGGACAUGCCUUCCAUAGAAAAUGUAUUUCCAAGUGGCUGGAAAUCAGGAACACCUGUCCUAUGUGUAACUCCCAAGUCAAACAGCAGGCCAGCGAGAGGUCCACCCUGGUCAGGACAGUGGACCUCCCUGUCACAAGAGUAUGAUGGACCCUUCCAAUGACACGCCAUGGGGUAGUUGGAAAGGUCCAUUAGUGAGACAGGUAGGAGAGCUGGUUUAGACAGUAAACAUUACGUAGACUCAAAGUCAUUUCCUUGUUAUAUAGUCUUUUAUAUGUGGAGGAUUAUUGAAAUCAGAUAACCAGCUAGCACUAGCCUAUUUUAUCCAACAACCAAUACUUUUAUGUAUCGCACAACUCUUACCCAUCCCUUGUAUGUCAAAUAGGAUUACCUGGUAAGGUACGUAAAAGAUCAAAUAUGAGUAUAUGUCAAAUUGUGCUAAGGAAUGCUAAGGUUUUAUGUCAGUUGUUAUGUGUCAAGCUGGAAGCUUAAAAAGUUGGAAAGCAAUUUGUAAUAGAGAGACUGUGUACUUUUAUCGGUAUUUGCAAUCAUGGUAUCCUGGUCUUUCUUUCAAAUAUCAGUGUAGCCAAAAGUUGAACCAAAAUGGCAGCUUGGACUUAAGUAAAACUUGAAGUUCUCAUGUCUAGGAAGCUAAUAAGCACUUCCCUUUUAGUCAUCCUGAACAAAAUACUGGAAGUGUUAGAAAUUUACAAAAGUUAUCCUGAACAGCUCCCAAUAUCAACUUAUAUCCUCAUGUCGGCUGGCUAUAGAAUUGACAUGGAGAGAAAGAAAGUAAAAAGAGAAAUCUUAAAACUCGAGUGAAAAGAGCAAAAUUAAAACAAACAGAAUACACUUACUGUUAAUUGUUCCUCUCUUAAAGUUUGGCAGAUGUGUUGAGGCAAAAAUGGCCGGAAACAAGUCGGGGAAAGUGACUUGGUAACAGAUGUGUUUCUGUCAGGUUUUAGUUCUUGCCACCUGCCAAAAUCAGAUCAAGAAAUGACUGUAUAAAGAUCUUUGAUAUCAGACUAAUAUCUGGCCAAAAUCUGCACAGGUGUGUGUACGGCGCGGUCAAAUUUGUCAUAGGCUAUUGUGCAAUUUUGAUGAUGUAGAAUUUUUUAAGCGGGCUGUGACAGAACAACCUACAAGGAUUUAAGACAGCCUUUUCAGCCAUAAUUUUGCAGGACAUACAUGUAAGUACGACUAACACAAAAAUGCCCUCAGUUUGCAAUGGUAAGACAAUUGUAUGGCAUAUGUGACCGGGCCGUUAGUAGGAUUGUUCAUCUCCCACCUGAUAUCUAUACAACUCCAAAAUAACAAAAUCGUAUAUCAUCAUACCAGAUUAGAAUAUUGUGCCAUUGUGCUGGAAGAAAAUGACAUUCACUCUGUGGAAAAACAAAGAAAUGAGCAAAUUUUGUCCAUUUUGUACCGUGAGUGCCAUAGUAAUAGUGCUAUGUAUUCAUAGUAAAGUGUGUAACUGUAAUAAAGGUACUGUUCAUUGUAAAAUGACCUCUACUGGUAUAUAUAUAUAUAUAUAUAUAAUAUACUAGUACAGUAACUAUAGAAUGAUGUGAACAAGCUCUCUACUGUCCUACAAUUUAAACUAUAUUUCAAUGCAAGGAUGAAGAUAUUUUAGUAUGAAGUAUUCUAGAAUUGGAUAAGGUGUUCUGACUUGUUGUGAUAUGUACAUUGGAAGAUGUUAGUGUAUAUUUGCUGUAUGUAUGGUAGCUUGUGUAAGAGAUGGACCAGAAAAGGUUGUGAAUUUUUUUCCGUGUGAUUGUGGCAAAAAAGGCUUGAAACAAAGAAAUAUAAUAAAUGAGCUAGGUUAAAGCAAAUCAGAAGAUUUUUCGUAAAAUAUUGGGACAAAACUGCACAUACACACAGAUAGCUUCCAACCAUUCUGGUCCAUCCCUGUAAGUUUUUAAAUUGCUUGACUAUUAUAAUGUACCUGUAAAAGAUCUAUUUCUUCUUUUGUACAAAUUGAACUCUAAAGGCAACCCUAAGGACUGCUUUUCAUGGGCAGGCUCCAUUGUAUAGCUAUGGUAUAUUGAAAAUGUUGUAAUUAUUGCGUUUCUGAUGUUAGUAUUAGAUCGGCUAAACUUACAGUUAGGAAUCCUACUUGUAACCACCUGUUACCAGCAGAAACACACAUACAGUUAAGAUUUUUGGGUGGGUGGGUCUUACAGUACAUACUGGGACAGCAAAAUUACAAAUGUAGCAAAUGAAUUUGUACACUCUUGCUAUCCAAGGUUUAGUGUAUGUUCACCUUAAUUGCCAAUCAGAAAUGCCACCUAUCAGAUAUAGGUAGUACUGCGACACAGUUGAGUCUAUGUACUAGUAGUAUUUGAUAAGGCAUAGAACAUCACAGUGCUGCUUGUACGCAAAGUCCAAUGUGCUUGGGAGAUGGAUCACUGUGAUGACAAAGGCAUGUAGACAUGAUAGAUAUCACGUUGUAUUUUAUAUAACUUGAUAUUAGCUAUAUUGGUACCUCAGCAAAGACAGAUAAUUUACAUGUAGUUAUAACUUACCAGAAUGUAACAACCACAGUUAUGUAAAAAUGUAUUAACCAAGCAGUAUAAAUACAAGGUGAUAAGUGCUGCAGAUACAUAAACCAAUUGUGAAGCAUAUGGAUAAUAUAACUACUUCAUUCCAGCUUUUUUUUCAAUGAACAGAUCAUUCCAAUUCCUACAUGCGUGAACUGAUGUUUUAAAAAAUAUCAUGAUCAUCCAUCUAAGUUUGCCUUUUUGUCAUUUUCAAGCUAGUGGGACAUAAUCUACGGGCAAGUAGGUAUACAAGGUAAUGCAACCUCUCUUUGCAGUUACAAGUCCAUAGUAGUUUAAACUAAUCUAUGAAAGAAUGUACAUAUACAAGCAAACUAAAACAGGUCCAGUGUAUGUUGGAGUAAUCAAAUGUAAAUGUUGUGGUGCAUUGAAUUGUCAAAUAUAGAAGAAAACUGGCUGAAAUGCGACAGUGGAGUGUCAUUGUCAUUUUUUUUCUGGUAAUUCAUUUUCAAGAUUUUAUCAAUAUUGAGACAUAAAUUUGACUUGAACUUGUAUCAUGAUUACCUCACACUAAUAACUUAUAUAUAAAAGUACAAGACAUGUACUGUCCUGGGUUUCUUUCUAAUCUCAUGUGCAUGUAUGGCUUGCAGUUACUUCCUAAUAAGUACUUUUCCAAAUAAAGUCAACAUAACACAAGGCUAGUUCUCACUUUGGAAACUUUAAUUGCAUCAAUAUGCAUAUUGGAAGGUCAAUAUUUUUCUAACUGCUAAUAAAUAUUGCAUUGAUAAUAUCUAUAACUGCAGCUCAUACUACAUUACACAUCAAGUACAUUUGUAAAGAUUUGUUCAUUGCCAGCACAAUAUCAAUAUUGUUAUCAUGUUAUGUACAUGAUCACAUACAUGUCACAGUGGUUAUUGCACCAAGGUGUCCUCUGAAACACUACUUAUAUAUGCAACAAGUAUCUUA